AUGAUAUCAAAGAUACUUACAUUCAUCAAGAACAGUAGUAGUUGCACCGACGAUUUGAUCAUUGCUACAUAUUUGAGCAGAAAGCGAGUAACGAUUGCACAUUUUGCAAAACAAAUUAAAGCGAAUAUAGGUGGCAGGCUGCAGAAAAUCGACAGAGGCAAGGCAUUAUCGACGGUUUUGUUUAGAAGGAGCAGUUUUACUGGGCAAUUAAAGAACCUUCUGGCCUACCUGCCUGAUGGCAAAGCGAGGAACCUUUGCCGAAGUCAUCUGCCCUGCCUUAAACUUGUGAUUGACUCAGAUUCAGAUCUCGUUGGAUUAUAUGAUAAGAAGGAUCUCUCCCCGACCUCCAUCAAAUCGAAUGCAUGA